AGGAUCAUCAUCCCGAGUCGGACGAAAUCCGAAUGGGAAUAGAAAUAGAAUAGGCUCCUCCGCCCCACAUCGGAGUUGCAGUUCUCUCUCUCUCUCUCUCUCCGUCACCGGCUCUCUCUUUCUGUCUAUCUAUCUUUUCAUUCUCUUAUCUCCUCUCCUCUCCUCUCCGUUCCCGUCCCCAGAUUUACAUAUAAUACCGUUUCUCUACACACACACACAUAUGCGCGGUUGACUUUACGCAUACCUAUCGCUCUCCCUCUUCCAUAUAUACACCGCUACAUCUAUCUAUAUCUCUCUCUUUGUUCCCAACGAAGACACUUCUUCAUCCGAGGACUCGGCCGGAGAAGCUUUUUCGAAUUUGUUUUGUAAUUCGUUCUGGUUUCUUGCCUGAUCGUCCUGUUUGGUUGUUGAGAAUCUAGGGUUUGCGUGGUGGUGUUGGAACCCUAGGAAUCAAUUGGAGGGAAUAAAGAGAGGGAGAGGGGGUCAAUGGCGCAAAAUGGGCAGGGAAUGGACCCUGCCGUUCUGGAUGACAUUAUCAACAGGCUUCUGGAGUUUCGGAACGCGAGGACCGUCAGGCAGGUCCAGCUCUCGGAAGCCGAGAUCCGCCAGCUUUGCAACGUUUCCAGGGAGAUCUUUCUCCAACAGCCCAAUCUCUUGGAGCUCGAAGCCCCUAUCAAGAUCUGCGGUGACAUUCAUGGGCAAUAUGGUGAUUUGUUAAGGCUUUUUGAAUAUGGGGGCUUUCCUCCUGAAGCCAACUACUUGUUCCUAGGUGACUAUGUGGACCGUGGCAAGCAGAGUUUGGAAACUAUAUGCCUUCUGCUUGCCUACAAGAUAAAAUACCCUGAAAACUUCUUUCUUUUAAGGGGAAACCACGAAUGUGCUUCUAUCAAUCGGAUAUAUGGAUUUUAUGAUGAAUGUAAACGCCGGUUUAACGUGAGACUUUGGAAAAUCUUUACAGAGUGUUUUAACUGUCUUCCUGUAGCUGCUCUUAUAGAUGACAAAAUAUUGUGCAUGCAUGGUGGCCUUUCUCCUGACCUAACAAACUUGGACCAGAUACGAAGCUUACCUCGACCAACUGAUGUUCCAGACUCUGGUUUACUUUGUGAUUUACUCUGGUCAGAUCCUAGUAGAGAGGUCAAAGGCUGGGGAAUGAAUGAUAGAGGAGUUUCAUUUACCUUCGGCUCUGAUAAGGUUGCAGAAUUCUUAAUGCAGCAUGAUAUGGACCUUGUUUGUCGUGCCCAUCAGGUUGUAGAGGAUGGUUAUGAGUUUUUUGCUGACAGACAGCUUGUUACAAUAUUCUCUGCCCCAAACUAUUGUGGCGAAUUUGAUAAUGCUGGUGCAAUGAUGAGUGUGGAUGAAAGCUUAAUGUGCUCUUUCCAGAUUUUGAAGCCAUCAGACAGAAAGCCUAGGUUCCUAUGAUAUGACAAUUGCUGUCUUUCAUUUGGAAUUUUGAAGGUUAAAAGCGCAUUGUGGUGAGUCGAGGUUACAAGCGUAUUUUUGUGAUGAGUCGAGGGGAAGACUGGAAGUUGCUGGUGCCCAUUAAGUUAUCCACUUAGAAAGGCAUUGAACGUUUUGCUUAAGUAUGUACUUUAAUGUGGAAAUUUAGGAUCUCUUGAUUUGGCGGCAACUGUUUUUGUGGGGAGGCCACAAUUGACUAAUUCAAUUUUUCUUUUAAACUCGUGCAGUUUACAGUGGCUGUUUAAAUGCAUCUAGUUCUGUAAAUUGCCCUGCACUUGUAGAUUGUAGAAACCAUCUUAAAAGACUUGAUUUUCUUCGGAAGCUAAUUCUAAUGGUUCAAGCAAAUUGAUUGAUUUUUAUUA